GUUCUCAUGCAGAAGACACGUGUGCUGCCACACACUGCAACAGUACUCUGCAUAUGUCUUGUGUCUCUUCUCUGUUCCUUUUUACCUUCCCAGGUCCUUACCUUAUCUAUCUAUGAAACUGCAUUCAACUUUAUCUCCAUGGAGGAAGACCAACAAGAUUACUUUAUUUUGCCAACACCAUCCAAUUCUGUAUCAAAACUAAUAUCCCUCCAAGCAAAUUUGAUCUACAACAGCUUGGUUUCUGUGUUUUCCCCUAUCCAAUCUCUUUUUUCUAUGGUGUUUGAGUCCUACCAAGUUGCUGAGGAGACCCAUGACAACGUUGAAUCUGCAGUACAAAGUGUUCCUUCCCAUAUUAUAAGUGUUAGCAUACUCUUGCUAAAGAAACUUGGACUUUUCUUUCUAAGUGCUGCGUAUGUGUGCAUGAUUCUGAUUUCACUACUUAUUCUGGCUGCUGUGGUGGGUGUUAAUUUGGUUCAGUUGUGGGUGGAGGAACCUGUGUUUGUUAAGGAAAGUAUUCAUUUUGAUUACACUGAAGCUCACCCAACAGCUGUAUUUUUCUUUAAUGGUGGAGUUAGUGGUGUUUACGGCUACACCAAGCAAAAUCAUAGAAGUGUUCCAGUUGGCCACACAUUUUGCGUUUCUUUGGUACUGGUGAUGCCUGAAUCUGACUUCAAUAGGGAACUUGGCAUGUUUCAGUUGAGUGCAGAACUCCAAUCACUUCAUGGAAAUGUGAUAGCAAGGUCUAGCCAACCAUGCAUAUUGCGGUUUAGAAGCUCCCCAGUUCGACUAGCCCGAACAGUUAUGAUGGGUGUGCCUCUGGUACUUGGAAUCUCAAGUGAGACUCAGAAAAUUAAUGUACCAAUAAUGAGGCACAAGGAACACAAUCGAAGAACCAAUGCUCUUAUAAUAACCCUGCAUCCUAGAGCAGGAACUACAUCUUUGCCACAGAUUUAUGAAGCUGAAAUUGUGAUAAAUUCCCAUCUACCUUGGGCUAAAGAGUUAAUUCGCAAGUGGAAAUGGACCUUUUAUGUUUGGAUGUCUUUGUAUGUCUACAUUAUGCUACUUAUGUUUCUCUUAUGUUGUUAUAAGCCACUCAUCUUUUUGAUGACACCAGAGUAUAAUUCAAGUGAUCAUAGGGUAACUGAACUCACAAGGGAAGAAGAACCUAUUGCAUUACAAAUCAGGGAAUUAGGAAAUGUAAGUGAGCCUUCUGAGUUGUUGAGGAGAUGGAGAAGAAUCAGAAACAGGAGAAAAAAUAUCCUCUCACGUAUUGGUGUGCCAGAAACCUUUGGUUCAUCAGCUUCAAGCAUUAGCUUGAUUAAUAGAGAAGAUGUAACCAGUAUGUCUAUGGAAUAUGAUGUUGAGGACUCUGAAUCCGUGUGCAUGGGUUAGAGGGUUAAUUUUAUUUUUAGUUACACUAUUUGGAAAGGUUGAUGAAUUUGUCUAGGAGUAUAUGCAUGUAUGUGUGGUUAAUAACAAGUUUGUGAACUUUUUUUAAGCUGCCACAGCAUUUUAUUAUGGUAUGAACUAUGAAGAAGUAA